UCACCAAAACAAACGAAGAAGAGUAAUUACUUCCGGGGUCAGCUCUCUCCAUAUUUAAACAAGUUGUUGGAAAAACAUGUUGUAUUCCACGUGGAGUUAAACUUUUAUUUUAUUUUUUACCAAUUCCAAUGAGUUCACAAAAAGGUAACGUUUCUCGAUCGCGAGGACAAAAGCACCAAAACAUCACUGCCUACAGGAACGACCGAAAUGGAGCGUCUACACAAGUAAAGAAGGCAAAGUCCAAGAUCCACGAUGGACUCUGUCAACACUGCAAGGGUGUUCUCGAGUGGAAAGUAAAGUACAACAAAUACAAGUCUCUAACACAACCCCGGAAAUGUAUCAAAUGUUGUCAGAAGACGGUGAAGGAUGCGUAUCACAUCAUUUGUAAGCCAUGUUCCCUUCAGCUUGACAUGUGCUGCAAAUGUGGAAAGAAAGAGGACAUUGUCAUCCCAGUUAACUCGCAUUUGGACCAAGAAGAAAAGGAACAGGAAGACCUCAAAGACGGAGGCACAACGUGCAGAAAGAAGGACGUGGGUACCUUGGACAGUGAUGAGGAUGAUGAGGAUUUCGGUGAUCUUGAGGAUGAUGACGACUGUGACAGUAAUGCAACACCAAAGGAGACACACAACAAGUGCGCUCCACUUCCCGAUAUGUCCAGAGUGAACGUUACAGAGUAAAGGUGAUUGCGCUAACUGGACGGGUGGACCCUUGGGCAUGGAUGUCAUCUGGUAGGCAUGCAGAAAUGUGGUUGCACUGUCAGCAAUGGCGACUUUGGAUCAUACAUGUUGCAGAACAUAAAACAUGUACACGUGCUGGACACUUCAUUAGAAUCAUCUACAGUUC